GCUUAGUUUUACAACUGUCAAUAACCACACACAAUCAAAACUACAACAAGAAUGGCAUCGCCAACAACACUAUCUGCACGAGACAAGGCGCAAGCCUUUGUUGACAACUUCAACCGGUCUUACGAAGAGAAACAUGUUGCCUUCGAGAACCAAUUCUGGGGAACAAAAAUGGCGCUUUCGUCUACGGAGGAAUCUCCAUACAGCACCGAACUUCUAACGAAAACGAAAGCAGAGAUGGAAGAUCUGCUUUCGGACCCAGCGGUCAUCAAAGAAGCAAAAGAACAACAGGAGGCUCUCGCAAACGCCAAGGGAGAGGAUGUCCAGGAGGUCUUGAAGGUUCUGGAUGUCAUCGUUCGCACUUGCCGUUGCAAUGAGUUUCCAACACCCGAAUCCAAGGCGGUACGAGAAGAGACGAACAAAAUCGAAGGUUCCCUGGAAAAGUCUCGGAAUGAAAUGACCCUGGGAUACACCAACGAGGAGGGAGAAUUCAUUAAAGCCUCCUCGGUCGGAUUGCGGACCGUGCUUCGAACCGCUCCUUCGGAAAGCACUCGCAAGUCGGCUUACGAUGGACUCCGAUCCAUCGGUGCCUUUGUUUGCUCGAACGGCUUUUUGGAGAUCGUUCGGCUUCGCAACAAGCUCGCCCACUUGCUGGGAUUCGAAGACUACUACGACUACACCGUCACGAAUGCCGAGGGUUUCUCCAAGUCCAAGCUUUUUGAGAUACUGGACGGCCUCGAGGAAGGAACCCGCCCACUCAUGGCAAAGGCAAGGAAAGACCUAGAAGAAUUGCACGGAGUGAAGGCUCUGGAUCCAUGGAAUACGAGCUACAUGAUGGCGGGGUCCGUUGUGAAGAAAAUGGUGAGUCUGCCUUGUGUGUCUUGUUUGUUGGGUCAUCGGAUAUCGUUACUUUUAUUGAAGCAUGUCAAUCCAGAGAGCGGAAAGAAAUAAAAAUAUAGAGAACACCUGUGAAGUCGGUUCUCAUGCUUGCUACCACUGGUUAUCGCCGUUUGUAGGAUCCCUACUUCCCCUUUAGCAAAUCUGUCGAGAACUACCUACGAUCCUACGCUGCCAUGAACAUUGGAUACUCCAACGCGACCAUGACGCUGGAUCUGCUGGACCGCAAGAACAAGUACAGCAACGGGUUUUGUCACUGGCCGGUCCCUGCCUGGAUCAAACCGGACGGAACCCAUGUUCCAUCGCAAACGAAUUUUACCAGCCUGGCGGAUCCGGCCGCGGUCGGCAGCGGCCUCACGGCCCUGAACACUCUCAUGCACGAGGCGGGGCACGCCGCACACUUUGCCAACAUCGCACAGCCCAGCCCGCUCUUCAGCCAGGAGCGGGCGCCGACGAGCGUCGCAUACGCCGAGAACCAAUCCAUGUUUUUGGAUUCCCUCGUCGGAGAUUCUGCCUGGAGGGCCAAAUACGCCAAGGACUUGCAGGGCACACCGAUUCCCUUUGCGAUCAUCGAGGAGGACAUCCGGGCGAAGCACCCCUUUGCGGUAUUCCAGCUGCGUGCCAUGCUUUCCGUCUCGUAUUUCGAAAAGGCGCUCUAUGAACUCCCCGAGGCCGAACUUACCGCGGAAAAAGUCCAGAGUCUGGCCGAUGAGGUAGAGAUCCGGAUCCAGGGAGGACUGGGUGCCAGGCCUCUCUUGAGCGUCCCCCACCUGGUCAGUGACGAAGCGAGUUGCUACUAUCAGGGAUACACGGUGCGUGCCAAAAGAGUUUGUUUUGUAGCGAGUGCCAUUUUCAUAUCAAUAUAUUUUUUUAGGUCGAGAAUUGCUUCAUUGUCGUGCUGACCUGUCGCUUCUGCUGCUGCUGCUGAAAAAUAUGUCUGCAUGUUUGGAAAUCUAAAACGGGUAUUGUUGCAAACGAAAAAUGUUCAAUCUACAGCUUGCUGAAAUGUCGGUCCAUCAGACCAGGAAGUAUUUUAAAGACAAGUACGGAUACAUUGUUGACAAUCCAAAUGUGGGUCCCACCCUUACAGAAUCCUAUUGGAAAUGCGGUAAUUCGAAACCCUUUCUACAAAUUGUGAAGGACCUCACCGGGAAAGAACUCAGUGGGGACGAUUGGGUAGAUGCCCUGAAGGAAGACCUCGAGGAGCACAUUGCACAGGAACGAAAAGAAUACGACGGGAUGAUAUCGAAAUGCGAGGCAUCCUCUGCCGAGGAAAAGGACGGGGAAGAACCUCUCGAUUUGGCAAUGACUGUCAAGUUUGUGGACGGUGACCACGUUAUUUCCGACUCGAGCCAAUCCGGGCUUCUCAGUGCCUGCAAAGAGUUUGAAGCCUUUGUUGCUGCACGUGUCGCCGCAGCCAAGGCUUCCUCUUAGGCUGCGCAGAAUGUGGAACUACGAAGCAACAAUAGAAGGGCGUUGACGCUAUCUUUUUCGAUCAUUGUCCGUGACUUGAUUCUUCCGUGGCACAUUGGAAUUUUCACAACCGUAUACCGGAGAACACCCCCUGUCGUUCCUAUUAUAGACUUGUUGAUUUUGUAAUUCAUUAAAGCAUGUCAAUCGCAAUCUCCUUGAAAUGAAUCUGUUACUGCCUAGUGUUCCCAAUGCCAUAUCUGCUGAGUAUUACCUGUUUUCCAAAGAUCACAACAUUGUGGUUUUUCUGUCUAUCCAUUGCGCUCAUAAGAUGUUGAUUGAUGUUGCUGGAGUGAGGAAGAAAAUCCCCAAAUCGAUCCAUAACUCCCCACGAGCCAGGUUUCUGGAAAAAAAUAAGGGCGGAAAUGAUAACACCGCCAACGAAUAUACCUGGGGAGGAAUGCUUGUCAUAGACCACAGGGCAAGCACUAUUCAAUGACUUAGACCAUGCAAUUUAUAGU